AUGGAUGUAUCAGAACUUCUCGAAAAGCAUACAACACAACAUGCCUUGGUACAAAGAUUAACAAAAUUUUCAUAUGAUGAAUUGGAGUUUUUCAUUCCUCAGUUUGUUCAACUUUUGGUCUCUUUUGAGACAGACUCAAUGGCAUUAAAUGAUUUUCUAUUAAGCUAUUGUUCAAAAUAUCCUCAUUUCAGUUUGAUUGUAUUCUGGCAACUCCAGGCCUUCCUUUUCGAACUUCGUAAUGAUCCGGAGUCAUAUUCAUUUCAAACCGUAAGAAAAUUCAUCAACAGAUUGCAGAGCAUUAUAUUUAAUAUUGGAAAUGAGAGUCAAGAUGCCAUUCAAUUCAGAGAAAAUUUACACCCUGCGUUAAUUUUAUGUGGCAGUAUUGCAUCCAGCUUUGCCUUACCAACAAUUAAUGAAUAUGCGUUGCCGCUUGUUAAAUCUCAAGGUAGACAACAAAAGUCAUUCGUUUUCAAGUUGGCCAACUUCCAAAAGUCAUUAACUAGGAACCUUACCUUAAGAAACCAACGAUUAUCUAUGGAGUCGGCGACGCUGGCGGUAUCGGAUGAGGACAUACCCAAAUCUUCACAAAGAUCAAUUCAUGUGGAAGUUAACCCGGAAUUUCUGCCACGGCUUGUUUCCAAGAAGCACAGUUUCAGUAUGCUGCUGGAUGAUUCUGAAACUUAUAUUACUGAUGAUGAUGAGAUACGGGCCGUGGAUAUAACAAAGAGUGUACCUGGCAAGAGAUCCACAUUCUCUGAAAUGGAAGAAGAAGUCAGCAGCAUCAGUACAAGAAUCAAAUCGAAAAGGUCUUUUCCCAAGUCGCCUGCUACACCGAAGAUGCUCUCUGUUGAGUUUUCGUCUGCAGCAGAUUCGCCUAACUUGAAUUCUCAAUCCCUUCCAGACUUAUCGAAAGUUCGUUCACGACCAGACCUAAAUUCUACAGAAUCAGAAACAUGCUUGGGCUUAGUUACCAAACUUAAUGACAUGGGUAUAAGGAGAUCUGGUUCUCAAAAAUCUUCCAAAAGAACUCCUUCUUAUAACGAGUUACAUAAAAUACUACUUGUCAAUUACGCGAAGAAGGAGACCAAGUUCAUAAUGUCCUUACAGAAUAUUUCUGUAAGGCUCUCCCAGGUUCCAAAAGAAGCCAGGCUUUCGGCCUUGCGAGCUGAGCUUUCCAUAAUAAAUGAAUGGCUUCCAUCUUCCGAAAUCGACAUACCUCAACUAUUACCCGUUACGAGUCAUAAGAAUAAAAGAUUUCACAAAAUAUUGAAGCUAAGCAUAAAUGAAGCCUGUGUCUUGAAUUCUGCAGAGAGAGUUCCUUACUUGUUACUUAUCGAAUAUUUGAGUGACGAAAUCGAUUUUAAUCCAUUUACAGAAUACAACCAAAAAAUUAUCAACAAUAGGCUUCAAGACAGCAAGCCUAAGCAAUCACCGAAAGCGGAUGACUUCGUCGAUUUGUCUGAUUCAGUAACAGAUGCUGCAAAUACGAUGGAUAUAUCAGACACUGCAGAUGAAUCUGUUUCCACUCCAAUUGAAGCCGAUCUUGGAGAUUUACCAAUGGCACAAACAAGUCCAAGUAGUCGUCAAUUAGUCUCGGAAAAUACCAAUGAUUUGGUAGAUAUGCAUCCUGAGGACCAAGAAAGUUCCAGUAAUUUUAACGAGAGUCGAUCAGCGAAUCCAAUAGAUUCUGUUGUUCUUGCUGACCAAAUGAGAAUUGCGUCUGUAAUGCUUCAACAAUUGCAGAGUUCGGGUCAAUCAAAUUCCGAACAAUUUAUUGCUAUAAGGAAUAGAAUAAUCAACUCAAUGAUCUCUCUUCAAGACCAGUUUGACUAUAUUGACUACGAACAGUUAAAGAAACUCAAGACAGAUCAACAGGAUGCUGGACAACGAAAGCUCGAAAAUGAUUUCAAAAUUGGUGAAGAUUGGGAUGAAAAGAAGAAUAGAAUCAGAAGAUCGAGUGCAUACGGUCAUUUAGGUAAUUGGGACCUUUGUUCAGUCAUUGUUAAAAAUGGAGAUGACUUACCUCAGGAGGCAUUUGCAUGUCAAUUGAUAACGUUGAUAUCAAAUAUUUGGAAGAAACACGGGGUACGAUUUUGGACCAAACGAAUGAAAAUCCUAAUAACAAGCGCAAAUGCCGGAUUAGUGGAAACUAUAACAAAUGCGAUGUCGAUUCAUUCAAUUAAGAAAUCGCUAACUGAAAUUUCUAUUAACGAGGGUAUGAAUUCUAAAGGAAGGAUAUUCACGCUAAAGGAUUAUUUUCAGAAACUUUAUGGCAGUGAAAAAUCACAGAAAUACAUUCAGGCCCAAGAGAAUUUUGCAAGGAGUUUGGCCUCUUAUUCCAUUAUUUGUUAUGUUUUACAGAUCAAGGAUAGGCACAAUGGUAAUAUAAUGUUGGAUCACGAAGGUCAUAUCAUUCAUAUUGAUUUUGGGUUUUUGCUUUCCAAUUCACCAGGUAGCGUAGGCUUUGAAGCUGCCCCAUUUAAGUUAACUACUGAAUAUAUAGAAUUGUUAGGUGGCACAGAUUCAAAAGCAUAUGGAAUAUUUGUUGAAGUUUGUAAGGAAUGUUUUAAAGCCUUGCGAAAAGAGAGCCAACAACUUGUCAGCAUUGUCGAGUUAAUGCAGAAGGACUCAAACCUCCCUUGCUUUAGGAAUGGAGAGAAUACGAGCAUUUUACUUGAACAAAGGUUACAACCCAACAUAAAGGAAGACGACCUCGAUUCUUUUGUCGAAAAUUCACUAGUCGGAAAGAGUAUCGGAAUUGAGCUUGUAAGAUAUGACUAUCGAACAUAUGAAAGAUCCAAAUAG